AUGGCUUCACCGCUACCAACACCUCCCCCACAGGAUCCCACUGCCGAGAAGCACUUCAGAUUCCACGAGACCGGAACACCCUGCGAAUGGGCCGAGUCUUACCAUCCCGGCGGGUUUCACCCUGUGCACUUCGGUGAUGUGUUUGCGGACCGCUACGAAGUCAUCCGAAAGCUUGGAAACGGGUCAUUUGGCACCGCCUGGCUCGCGGUAGAUUCUUUAUUGAGGUUGCCAAACGGCAAGAACCCAAAGGAAUUGCCCAUUCACCGGUUUCUAGCCACAAAAGCGAUUGGCGAUUCAUUUUCGAAAUAUGUCGUCAAUGCUGUCGACUCAUUUCACCAUGAUGGCCCCAACGGCAGACACUUGUGUCUAGUUCUUGAGCCAAUGGGGCCAAGCGUCUCAUCUAUUCUAAACGCUCCUCACGAGAUUUACGAUCCAUUGAAUCCCCCUGUUCAACGGUUCGCGAAAGAAAAAUCUAAACGCAUCCUCCGCAACGUACUUUCAGCGCUUCACUUUCUUCAUGGCAAUGGAUUGGUGCAUGGCGACCUUCAGUCUGGCAAUAUACUUUUCGCUCUACAAGAUCUUUCAGCUAUUGGGCUUGAGCAGCUGAAGCAAGACGAAAGUACCUCCAGGAUUGAUUGUUUGCGUCGUAUCGACGGCAAAGUCGAUACGUGGGCCCCCAAUUAUCUGGUAGUAUCCCAGUCUUUGUCAGAAUACAUUGUACCGGACCCGGAUGAUGUCAUAAAGCUCUCUGAUCUAGGUGGAGCAUUCUUCGUCGAUGAUCCUCCCACGAGGGUCGUUACACCUAUGUCAUUACGCGCUCCCGAGUUGAUACUAGAUGAGACUUUCGGUAUUGGUGUUGACAUAUGGAGCUUUGGCUGUCUUCUGUUCGAGUUUAUCACUGGCACACCCCUUUCCCAGUUGCCCCAAUUCGGUUUGAGCGACGAGGCUCUGAUGGAUGAGCAUUUGAUUCAGCUGACUGAUAUCAUUCAACCAUUACCCGAGAACCUGAUGUCCAAAUGGCCUUUCUCAUCAAAAUAUUAUGGGUCCGAGGGAGAGCGUUUGGAUGCGAGGCCUCGGGAUUUUGAUGAAGAUGAUUCUGUUGAAGAGUUUGACGACCAAGAAGAUGCGGAGGAUAUGCAUGACUUUGACGAGGAUACAGUCUUCGAUUUUGACGUUCAAGAGCGAAAACCACCGCGACGGUUUGAUUCCCUCGAAAAACUGAUCAGCGAUAACAAGCCUUCGGACGUCGAUAAGACCGAGGGAGAAAUCAUCAUAUCAUUGCUGAGGUCCAUAUUUCACUAUGACCCCGAAAAACGGCCUACCGCCGCAGAACUGCUAGAGCAUGCGUGGUUUAAGAAUUGA